GGUGAUGGGAAAAGUUGAAUUGGAAACUAAACUAGUCGUUAUUUAAAUAUUCAUGAAAGAACAAUUCCUUGUGGUUGUGGAAAAAUCGAGUGUGGUUAUGAUGUAGGUGUGGAAAAAUUGGGCUAAGGAAAUUGGAAAUUGAGCAAAGUUUCAAGAAAUGCAUUAAAACUUGGAUGAAUGUUCAUAAGUAACUGUUGUUCCGAUGCUCGAGUUCGGUGUUUUUGUCAUUGAUGGACGAGUCGUCUUGUAUCUGAUUGGUUCAAUGGUUACUGAGCGAUUCUGAUUGGCUGAGAGGAGGCGUAAUGGAGUUGAGUGUUGGCUUCUGUGUCGUGACUUGCCAAGCAGACUUCGAUAAAAGCUUCUCAUCAGUGUGUACAAACAAAGACGGGAACAACAAAAGCAACAGCUGUGGACCUGUGGAUGAUCCCUGUUCGAUCUGUGACGUCACGUUUCCCUCCUUAGUUCAUUUUUACCCUCUCAAGAGAGCCAAAUUCAUCAAUGCCCACUUCCUUCCUCUGGUAUCGAGUGGUGUGCGUGUGCAGGCCAAAGAUGUGCAAUUCAAGAGUGCAUGUGUUCUGACUAGAGAGACCGGAACCAGACUGUUCACUCACUCGCUAGUGUAUUCCAGUCCACUUGCCAAGUCACCCCAAUUCAAUCAGCUCACACAGAGUGGAAGAUUCACAGACGUAAGCUGUGGACUGUACGAGCAGAAAUGUAUCAGCUUAGUUUCUCAGUACCCUCUGCAUGCAUUCAUGUCCAGAUGUCUGGACUUCAUAGCCACAGAACUGAAGACAUCUUCAGCCUCUUCGUCAAGUUUGGAUCUGUCUGGGACUGGAAAGGGUGGGCAAAGCGAUGGAGAUUUGAUAGCUCCUAAAAUUGUGUCGAAAUUGUUAUUGCCGGUUCAGUGUCAGUUGUCAUCUUGGAUUGUGUUCAAGAGCUCCUCCCACUUGGCAGCGUUCUAUCUGCCCAACUGCAAGACCCAACUGCCCCUGUUCAACCUGUCAAUCAAGCAGUCUCUCUUCGACGAAGUGGGUCUGGACAACUCCAUCUCAAUGCUGGCAUGUUGUAUGAGUGAGAAAUACGUACUCCUCAAAUCUGCAAGUGCUUCGAAAUUGGUGCCGGCUACUGAGUCCCUGAUGGGGUUGCUCUAUCCGUUCCAGUGGCAACUGGCAUAUGUGCCCCAUCUGCCAUCUGCCCACAUUGAGUUUCUGGAGAUGCCACAGCCCUACAUUAUAGGAGUGAACGUACAAGACAACGCUUACAUCCUACAAAGUGACUCCAUGGCGAUAGAAGACAACAUCAACAAAGCACUGUUCUGUGUGGUGGAUCUGGACAGUGGCUUGAUCAACUGGCCAGAGGAUCAGACUCCCCUCCCGGACAAGCGGAGGCUGAUUACCAACAUACAAAAUAGACUCACGCUCUACUACACUGGCAAUCAUCAGUUCAAGUGUGAUUUCUCCGAAGAGGUGCAGACGCUAUUGAUGAAUCAGAUCAUCCGGGAGACUGUUCUGGAGUACAUGUUGAAGCUCAUCUCUGGCUACAACAGCUACACAACUGCAACCCAGCAGAGUGGCUCCUCUCAAUUCGAUCACAUGGCCUUCUUGAGUGAGAGGGCGACCUCGGAGGAGUCGAAGUUCCUGAGUGACUUCGUUCAGACUCAGAUGUUUGUCUCAUUUUUGGACCAUAUGAGAACUACAAGGAAGGGUGGAAGUUUCUACUCGGUGUUCAAACGCCGCCUUGAAAACCCACUGCCCCAUGACGACCAAGCGUUUGUUCAACACUGCGUCGACGAAGUCAACACUAUUAUGUCAUCGUCCACUUCCCAAACAGUCGUGCUAUGCAACACCCCAGAUAACUUCACAGUGCUAAACAAAAAGCUAGAAAAUCUCCAUCUUAUCAUACCAGAAUCAGGGUCCGAAUUCCAGGCACCAUUUCUCAAGAGUCCUAAAAGCGCAUCUGGGUCACCAGCUACGCCCAAAGGGCAUUCGGCCGAAAGAGAGAGCAGCCGAACGCCAACUAAUACGAAUCUAUUUCCAGCAAUCAGUCCGUCAAUACACGCACCUGCAGAUAUUUCAGCCUUCAAUUUCAAAAAUCCAAAGAAACUCAUCGAAGAACUUUUAGACGAAUGUAAAACUAAGACGAAAAAGUUAUUGUUGGUGAAACUAGGAAGAGAAGUUGAGAAUCUGGGAAUCCAAGAGUCAGUUUCACUCCAAGAGGAGAACACUCUGAUUAAGAGUUUGUGUGAUUUGCUGGAUAGAGUUUGGAGUCACGGGUUGGCUGUGAAAAAGGGUCACUCGCCAUUAUGGUCACAUCUAGUCGAGUUUGGAAAACGACAAAUGCUCCUCUCAACCCCCUCGCGGACUCCCAAUCGGAACAAUCUGUCAUCCGCCGGAUCCCUCCCCGUCAGCCCUAACACGGUCCGCGCCGAGCCUCGAAUGGCCCAAACCCCGACUGCCGGAGGCCGCCACCCUUCCAGCCAGUUGUCGAUCUCAACCCCUUUGCAGACGUUUAAAAUCAAAUUCUACCAGCAGAAUCUAAUGCAGUCAAUACGUAUUGUGCAAUCAAUGGUCGAAUUGAAGACUGAAGCUAGUAAAGUUCGAGCUUGGAUUCGACUUGCAAUUGAAAGAAAAGUUUUAGCCUCGCAUAUUAAAGAAUUACUCGGCGAUGAGAUUCUGUUACGUCAGCUUUACAGACCGAAUUCGUUUUUCCUUUUUGAUGAUACUGAGUUUUCACAUGUUGAUACGAUUACGCAACUGACCUACCAUCUUCUGACCUUGAACGCAGUUGAUUUCUUUUCAUUCACGGAUAAUUUUCCAGUGUGUAAAGUGGCGUAUAAAUUGCACGUUUGUCCAAUUCCGAGGAUUAACGAGAACCGAAUCACGAUUAUAGUGACUGGCAGUUUGAACCAAAGUGAGAAGUUGUAUUUGCAGUCGGAUAAUAAUGAGUUAGCUUUCAAGUGUGACAACCUGGGCCGUCUGUUAACUGUGCGCAUUGGCUGUGAGGGAACGUGUAAGACAUCCAACUGGUUUAUGGACACUCUCCUAAUAAGGAACAGUCUCACUGGCCAUAUAUGGAAGUUCCCCUGUGCUCAGUGGAUUGGACUGGGAGCUGAGGACUCGUCAGGUAUGAAUCGUACCGGUGACCUGUCAGGAGAAAAUGACGGAGACUGCACUCCCCCACAGUAUGGGAGCACCCCCUCCACCUGGGGAGAUGCGUUUGCAUUCAGGGGGGCACUGGACGCCAGGGCCACCAAGUCAGUGGCUGUGGAGAGGCUGUUGUUUGCAGAACUGCUCAGUCGUAACCUGAAGGAGUCGGAUAUUCCAAAUGUUGUCCGCAGCAAAUCGCCAGCUACCCCUACUAGAGGUCGACGUCCUUUUCUACCCCAACCAGCUAGAUCAACAACCCCUGGAUCGACACUUCCGUCUCCUGGUUCAUUCAGUGUGUCAUUCAGACGGAGUUCUCUAACGCGGUUGACAGAAAAUUUGACAGUUUUCGCGAAGCCCAAAACGAGCAAACUGCAAGAGAGCCUGGGUAAUGCGGUCAAUGAUUUGGUGAAGGCUUUACAUUUUUACCAGAACAACGAUUCCUCGACCGUGCCCCCGCCAGUGACUACAAAUAAACCCCCUCAACCAUCCUCAGGGUUCUCCAGGUUCUACUCGCGUGCCUACUCCGAACUAGCAUCGCCCAAGGGCCCCUUCGGAUCAACCGACCACCAAUCAUCAAACACCACUCAGGGUGUACCCACGGCGGGUAAUGCGGCUGGAGGUGGAGGGGGUGAGACUUCUGAGGUUCCAGUGGAUGAGUUGACCAAGUUAGUCUGUGGGCCUGGAGGUCUCAUGAAUGCCUUGUUGCAGGUGUUCCAUUACGGUCUCAAGUCCCCCACCAUGUUCCGAUCGGUACAUGCGUGGGAUUUGUUCAUCUCGUUCAAGGACGAACUGGCGGCCAAGACCCAGUUGAGUCCGAUUGAGAGUGACGUGGCCAUGGCCACUAGCAGAUUCAACAAUACACUAUUUGCGAAGGAUUUGAAGUUUCAUAUACUCGCUUGUUUUGCACUCAGGGCUCACAAACUGCACUUAUGGGUGGACUGUUUGUGUAGCAGUGAGACAACAGCGAGAAUGUUCGACCAGAGCUCCUUCUUCAGAGACGAAUCACUGAAGCCAUACUUUGUCAACCUACUGAGGACAUUAGCCCCAUACAACUUCGACCAGCUGUCUAAAACUAUACUGAGAAAUCUGUAAUUUUCAUUUGUACUACCAAGUAUUUGUAAGUCGCUUAUUAUUUUCGACCAUUCAUCAAGUGUUAAUGAACGCUGGGAAUUCCUAUUUAUUUGGGUCGGGCUCUUUUAAGGAAAAAUAUUUAAAGCUCUUAUUUUCAAGCUCAUGCGUUUUGCGUUGAGUUAAUUGUAACUGCAUAAGUUUUUUUUUGGUUUUCCUGAUUUUGUUAGUACUCGUCUAAUAUACUGUUGACUGUUUGAAAAUAACCUCUGAAAACAUUUAGAUUCUAUAGUGUUUCUGAUGCUUAAAAUAUCUAAAUUGGGACAAAUAUGAAUCUAAAAUUGCAACCCAUCGCGUACUUUACUGAAAGUUUUUCUUCUGAUCACAUUCAAAGUUUUAUUUAUGCAGAAGCAGACUAAAAAUGAUCGUUGAAACAUAUUUCAUUACUCUCUGCAAAAGUCGGAACAAAAAACUGAAUUACUUUUGAAUAAACUAGAUUUUCUAUGCAUAUCGUGUUAUUCUUGCGUUUUGUCAGUUUUUAAUAAUUGAUCUGUUGUGAUUCACUGAAAUUUGAUUCGUUUUGGAAACAACAGAUAUCAAUAUAAUUUUUUACGCUUGCGAUUAGCA